CGGGAACCAACAGAGUUUGUCUUGCCUGAUAGGCUGACCAGCAACAUAGUUAAUGUACAAGUUUUCAGUCAGCCUCCAUCAUGUCUGGACAAUCAGGUCAGCCAACCAUUGUGCUGCCUCUCAGCACAUUCUGCUCUAGUCGAAACUACGUUUCCUCGCUUUACUCUCACGCCCGCCGCCGUGAAGCGUACGUCGGAAACUGCUCUUGCCCGCCUUUCCUCCAUCUUAUCCACGAGGAUGCCUUCGAGCACUUAUUACCCACCCGGCGGUCUCAGUAAUACCAACCACCCUCCGAUCACUCACAACCAGCUUUGUAUUUCGCUAUCUGACCCGACUCUUGUGGCAGCGGAAGCCAGGUUAAGCCAGAUGGCCCGCCAACGUAAACAGGAGCAAGCUGCGAACUCGAUCUACCAACGACGAGCGGCUGAAGACUUACAAGACCUCAGGCAAGGAGCGCAUGCAAAGUUCAACCCCUUUGGAAGUCCUACGUCAGCCUCGCAAGGUAAUGAUGUCAAGACUGCCAUGCGAUACCUCGCAAAGAUCAAAUCUGUCUGCACUGUUACGUUCAGAAAACCUCGAUAUCUCUCUACAGGCGUCUGUGCCCCACCAUCCUACAUCUUUCUGUAUGAUGCGUUGGAGACUAUCAGAAGUACCCACUCUCUGAAUUCCUUGGCAACAUCGGGCGUGGACGAUACUUUCUUCACCGUGGAUGAGUACAUCCACGUCUCCAAUCUCCCACCCUUAGCAAGUGAAGCUUUCAGAGAAGAACUGUAUAUUCGGGGUUAUCUCAAACGACCCGAUCAGGACGAUCGUCCGCUCCGCUGGCCACGAUGCAUCUUCGUUCCAAGGCUAUUCCGGGUACUCCAUAACCGAUGUUCGAAGCAAGUCCGUGGCUGUACCCGGUUCCUCCAGAAGCCCUCAACACCCGUCUCCAAAGGCCAUUGGCCGGCGCGGAGGACUUACAGUUGCCGAAGUGCUCAAGGUUGGCACAACCUUUUGUGCGCCAUGCGAACUCUGCUCACUCCAUAGGUGUAGUCUGCCAAUAUCGAGGAGGACCCUGGUACCCCCACUCUGACAAGACCA